AUGCCUGCCACUGACGCCGUGAUUGCUGUGCCCGAUGACGCUUCUGACGACGAAAUCGAGACCAUCGUCAGAGAAGCUACCUUGCACGAUCUCAACGUAAAGCCAAUGCGUGAGCUGGAGCUCGCUGUCAUUGCUCAUGGAUUGGACAAAGGCUUAGGGGAUAGGCUUGUGGCCGUGGUCCACGCUGGGCAAACGUUUAAAAUGUCGUUAGUUCGGAUCAAGGAUCGCGACAUGUACAUCGAGAAAGUGGUCUUGAACGACAAAAACUUUGGCAAUGAAGUGGAUGAACGCUUGAAGAAUACUUUUGCUCCUGAUGUGGAGGAGAGGUUCAAGCCCGAGGUCAAACUCACCAAGAAGGCUAUGAAGAAGAUGAAAGUUUCAAAGCUUCAACAUGACAAGCAAGUUGUCCGGCGGAAAUUUAUAAACACCUUGAACCGUGGGAAGGUAUUAUUAUCGAGAAAAUCGUACUGUAAGAAUCAUGUGAGAUAUCACAAAAAGAACUACAACAAAUAUCUCUUGAGAAAACAAUGCGAGGAGGUUUGUCAAGAAACUUUCGAACGCAUCAUCAAUGAGGUAAACGGAAAGUUCGAUGACGAACACUUGGCUAAUGGAGAUAAGCUCAAGAAGCUGGACCUCUUUGCUGUUGUGUUCGUGGGUGGGUUCUUCAACGACCCCGUGUUGUGGAAAAUGCUCUUGGAUUGUUUUAAGGACGUCCCGAAGCUCCACGAUGCAUGCCCGGAAAUGACAAUUGCGCAGGGCGGCGCAGUUCAUGGCAAGAAAAUUACUGAUGAUGGUACCAUCCACAUCCCCCUCUUCCCCUUUUCCACACCCGACGAAGGCAACUCAGUCUAG